UAUCAUAAAGAGUGUAAGCAUUGUAUACCCAAACGUACCUCAUUGUGCAUGCAUAUGGCAUCUUUGGAAGAAUGUAUGUUCAAGCUUCAAAAGGAGUAAAAAAACACUAAGUGAUAUAUUUUACUCAAUGGCAAAAGCAUACAGAAAGGAAGAUUUUGAUAAAUUAAUGGCUAAGGUUGUGAAGGUUGAUCAUAGGGUGAAGGAUUACCUUGAAGAAGCUGGUUAUGAGAAGUGGUCAAGAGUUCAUUCAACCAUAAACAGAGGUAGAAUGAUGACUUCGAACAUCGCUGAGUGUAUCAAUGGAUGCCUUGUCGAUGCACGUAAGUUAACUAUAAUAGACUUCUUGGAGGAAGCUAGACUUUUAUUUGGUAGUUGGAACUAUAAAAAUAGAGAAAUAGCGUCAUAUACAAAGGACACAUUGGGCCGACGAUUUGAGGAGAUAUUGAUUGUAAACGCAUCUAAAAGUUCAAAGAUGAAGGUUGUUCCAUCAUCUGAAUAUAUUUUCACAGUUCAUGAAGCCGGAAAAAGAUACAUUGUAUGCCUUGAGAGGAAAACUUGCACAUGUGGAAGGUUUCAACAUGAUGAGAUACCUUGCGCACACGCAAUUGCAGUUUUGAAGCACAAGAAUGUUACCAAUUUGCACCCAUAUUGCUCUGAUUACUACAAGCCGUAUGCAUUAGAAAAAACGUACGAGGUUGUAAUGGUUCCAAUGCCAGAUAAGGAGGAUUGGAACGUUCCAGAAUAUGUUUUAGAUGAAAUUGUCCGGCCACCUAGGUACAGAAGGUUGGCUGGACGACCAAGAAAGCGAAGAAAGAAAAAUGCGGAUGAGAAAAUAACAGUGAACAAUAAUUGUUGUGUGCAGUGUGGACAAGAAGGACAUAACAGGAGAACUUGUACUUUCUUCCCGAAAGAGAAUUGAAAGAAUGUUUUAAAAUAGGACAUUAGUGUUCAUGGUACUUCUAUCCACUUUUUUCUUUAUAAUUUUGACUAAAUAAAGUGUAUUGGUUACACAACUUAAUUUGAUGUUCAAAU